AUAAAUAAAUAAAAUUUAAAAAAAAAAAAAAAAGACUGCCUCCUCUCUAACCCUUUCCUGAAAGAUCAGAAGCGGAAGGGGGGGAAAAAAAAAAGAACACUGUCCAGAAUCUGGCUUCUGUCAUCCCAGAUGAAACAAAGGACUAAAUUAGGAUGCUUGCUUUAAGAGGAAAAAAACACUUAAACUGAGUGGUAAGUGGGGUGGGGUCCUAUUUAUGACACAAGAGGGCAAGCCCCUCCCCUUUGGUAGGAGAGUACUGGCCAUUCAGCCUCCUCCUGUUCCUAAUCCCUCCCCCGACAGUAGGAGGCACAGAAGUCCAUCACUUGGUAUAGGAGUGGAGGUCAGCAGUGCCACCUGCCAACUGCCUUAGAAUGGAAGAACCAGGGAUGCCAAGAUGAAGGAGUGUAAUCCAAAGGGAGGUGCCAUCAUGAGGAAUCAAUGAGAGAUCUGUGACAAAGGAGGUCUUGGGGGCCCAGAAGGAUGAAAUCUGGGAAAGCAACACCUCCCAAGAUGGAAGGAACAACAAUGGAGCCACAUUCUAAGUCAGUAUCUAGGCAUGACUUAGAACCUAAGCCACCCCAGACACCUAUCACCCAGCCAGAGCCUGGGCCAAAAGUGAUAGCCACAACCCAGCCAGCAUCUAAGACUCAUCAGGGGCCCAGUACUCAACAGGAACCGGCUCCCCAGCAAAGACCCCUCACUCAGCAGAAUACCCUUGCCCAACAUGAAGCUGAAUCCCAGCAGGAACCUAGCACCCAACAAAAUUCAGCUCUGCAGCAGGAACUUCUCGCCCCGCAGGAGCCUGCACGACAGCAAUCACCUCCCAUGCACCGGGUGUCCUCCUCUCAACAGGAAGUUACCUCACAACAGGGACCUGGGCCAGGAAAAGAAUCUGAAACUCAACAGGAGCCAGAACUGAGAGAGGCACAGGUUGGCCAGCCAGGACCCAGUCCAAUGAAGCAACCUCCAGCUCAUCGAGAAGCUGGAUCAACACCUCCAGCUCAGUCUAGACUUAGACCCGAAAAUGGAUCACCUGACCAGAGUGAACCUACAUCCCCAGAGAGACUGAGACAAUCAGACCCUAUAGCCCAGCAAAGAGCUCCAGCCCGAGGAGUGAAAGCCCAGCUGAGAUCUUCCACCGAGUGGGGAUUUCUAUCAAAACUACACCAAAUAUCCACGCAGCGACCAGCCUCAGAGUGGAGGAUGUUUUACGAGUUGGUCACAGAUUCUGACUCAGAACCAGAUGUGGGGUCUCCAUUAAAGAGCAAUUCAUCACCCAAGAGAGGGGGAACAGUGGCCAAGGGAAAGAAGCUGGCCUUCAAGGGGAAACAUGAAGGGGCAUCAGGGCAUGGGGGGACAACAGCACAUGGGAAGAGAACUGGCAGUCAGACUCACAGACACUACAGGGACACAGCCUCGCGGCUCACACACAGCAUGGACCUGCGCACGAUGACCCAGUCGCUGGUGACUCUGGUGGAGGACAACAUGGCCUAUUUCUCGAGCCAGGGCCCCGGGGAAACGGCACGGCGGCUGUCGGGAGUCUUCGCGGGGAUUCGGGAGCAGGCGCUGGGGCUGGAGCCGGCCCUGGGCCGCCUGCUGAGCGUGGCACACCUCUUUGACCUGGACGCCGAGACGCCGGCCAAUGGGUACCGCAGCCUCGUGCACACGGCCCGCUGCUGCCUGGCGCACCUACUGCAUAAGUCCCGCUACGUGGCCUCCAACCGCCGCAGCAUCUUCUUCCGCACCAGCCACAACCUGGCAGAGCUCGAGGCCUACCUGGUCGCCCUCACCCAGCUCCGGGCCCUAGCCUACUAUGCCCAGCGCCUGCUGGCCACUAACCGGCCAGGGGGGCUCUUCUUUGAGGGUGACGAGGGGCUCAUUGCUGAGUUCCUGAGCGAGUAUGUCACUCUGCAUAAGGGCUGCUUCUAUGGCCGCUGUCUGGGCUUCCAGUUCACGCCUGCCAUCCGGCCAUUUCUGCAGACCAUCUCCAUCGGGCUGGUGUCCUUCGGGGAGCACUAUAAGCGCAAUGAAACAGGCCUUGGUGUGACUGCCAGCUCCCUCUUCACCAGCGGCCGCUUUGCCAUCGACCCAGAGCUGCGUGGGGCUGAGUUUGAGCGGAUCAUACAGAACCUAGAUGUGCACUUCUGGAAAGCCUUCUGGAAUAUCACUGAGAUUGAGGUGCUAUCGUCUCUAGCGAACAUGACAUCAGCUACCGUGAGGGUAAGCCGCCUCCUCAGUCUGCCACCAGAGGCCUUUGAAAUGCCGCUGACUGCUGACCCCAAGUUCACGGUCACUAUCUCGCCCCCCCUGGCCCACUCGGGCCCCGGGCCGGUCCUCGUCAGGCUCAUCUCUUAUGACCUGCGUGAAGGACAGGACAGUGAGGAGCUCAGCAACCUGGUGAAGUCCGAGGGGCCCCGGAGCCUGGAGCUGCGGCCCCGCCCCCAGCAGGCACCCCGCGCACAGUCCCUGGUUGUGCACAUCCAUGGCGGUGGCUUCGUGGCCCAGACCUCCAAAUCCCAUGAGCCCUACCUCAAGAGUUGGGCCCAGGAGCUGGGCGUUCCCAUCCUCUCCAUCGACUACUCCCUGGCCCCCGAGGCUCCCUUCCCCCGGGCGCUGGAGGAGUGCUUCUACGCUUACUGCUGGGCUGUCAAACACUGUGCCCUCCUCGGCUCAACGGGGGAACGGAUAUGCCUCGCAGGGGACAGCGCAGGUGGAAACCUCUGCUUCACUGUGUCCCUCCGGGCAGCAGCCUAUGGGGUACGGGUGCCAGAUGGCAUCAUGGCAGCUUACCCGGCCACGAUGCUACAAUCAACCGCCUCUCCCUCCCGCCUUCUGAGUCUCAUGGACCCCCUGCUGCCCCUCAGUGUGCUCACCAAGUGUGUCAGCGCCUACGCUGGUGGAGAGACAGAGGACCCCUCCGACUCGGACCAGAAGGCCCUGGGCAUGAUGGGGCUGGUGCGACGGGACACAGCCCUGCUCUUCCGGGACCUUCGCGUGGGCGCCUCCUCAUGGCUCCACUCUUUCCUGGACUUGAGUGGGAACAAGACCCACAGGAACUCAGUACCCACAGCAGAACCCAUGCGGCGCAGCGUGUCUGAGGCAGCCCUGGUCCAGCCCGAGGGCCCGCUGGGCACGGACUCCCUCAAGAGCCUGACACUACACGACCUGAGCCUAAAGUGCAGCUCGGACACGUCAGACACCCCAGAGCUGUCACUAUCCGUGGAGACACUUGGCCCCCCCACGCCCUCGGACAUCAACUUCUUUGUGGGCGACGACGCGCCAGAAGCUAAGGCGCCGGAUGAGCUGAGCACCAAGGACAGAGGCUGUAGCGCGAGCGCCGCCUUCCCGGAGGGUUUCCACCCCAGGCGCUCCAGCCAUAGCACCACCCGGAUGCCCCUCUGCUCAUCGCCCAUCGUCAAGAACCCCUUCAUGUCGCCGCUGCUGGCUUCUGACAGAAUGCUACAGAGCCUGCCACCCGUGCACAUUGUGGCGUGCGCGCUGGACCCCAUGCUGGACGACUCGGUCAUGUUCGCGCGGAGGCUGCGCGGCCUGGGCAAGCCCGUGACGCUGCGCGUGGUGGAGGACCUGCCGCACGGCUUCCUGAGCCUGGCGGCGCUGUGCAAAGAAACGCGGCAGGCGGCCGCGCAGUGCGUGGAGUGCAUCCGCCUCAUCCUCGCCCCGCCCGCCGCACCGCUGGUCUGAGCCCUGGCCCCAGCCGGGAGGCGCGGGGAGAUUGGGCUGCAGGGGGCGACACUAAAGGCCUCUUGUUCCCAUCUCAGCCGGCCUCCGUGGUGAAUGCGCCCCGGGUUGGGUGGCGGGGGGCCCCCCUGAGGGGCUCCUGGCUCCCUCGAGCUGAGUGGGAGGGGCAGGCUGUGCCUUAAGGUGGGAGGACGGCCAGGGGUUUGGGUGGGGGCGGGAGUCCUAAGCCGAGACCCUGGCCUAAGGGGUGGGGGGCGCACACCAACUAGUCUCCGUGGACAGCUGGAGCUGCACUCCAUCAUUGCCUUCUACUGCUGCUGUGACCGCCGCAGGGUGGGGGCCUGGCCCUACGUGGCAAGUCGGUUUGGUUUUAUUCCUUUGUAAAUAAAAGUAUUUAAUUA